AAAAAGUUCUCCUGGCUCAGGGCUGAUCUCAGACUAUGCUCAGACCUUCAGAAACGCAUUUAAGUAAACUUGACGAACAUUUGCACUAACCAAGGACAAGACAAUCAUGGCAGAAUCUGAUCCGACUUGUUUAGCCUCUCUGAUCUACCUUCUGAGGGAAAGAUUCUACAGGCAGGUAAUAAAUACUUCUCUGCACUACCUGAGGUUGUACCCAAACGACCCUGUGCUUCUGUUCUUCAAAGCUUUUGCAACUCUGAAUGAAGGACGCUUUCAGGAGGCUGUGAGAGAGCUGAACCCUCUCAGAGACAAUCCUCAGGUGUGUCUGUGCGCAGUGAUGGCCCUGCUGUGGGCGCACAGGCAGGCUGAGAGCACAGAUGGAGAGGCAGUGUCUGAGCUGGAGUCCUCUUUAAAGAGAGCCAAGAGGACAGCUGGGGUAAAGGCUCUUUACUACGUCGCACUGCUCUACUGGAUCCUGGGGAGAAAUCAAAAAGCCAGAGAGUACAUAGACAAGAUGCUCAAAUUAUCAAACGGAUCUUUAGAGGGCUCUGUUCUUAAGUCAUGGAUUCUCCUGACCUCAGAGAAUGAUGCAGAACGAUCUCAGGCUUCUCGGUAUUUUGACAGCGGCAUUUCUGACUCAAAAAACGUGUUUGGAUUGAUGGGAAAGGUGGAAUUUUUCAUGGCGAGACAGAAGGAGACCUAUGCUCUGAAUAUCAUCAAUCAGAUCAUAGUUUCCUAUCCUGACUUUAUUCCAGCGCUGGUUCUCAAGAUGAACAUAUUUAUGGCUCUACGUAACUGGGAACACACAGCUGAGGUGGCUGAGAGGAUCCUGAAGCUAGAUGCACAUAACGUUAAAGCACUUCAGAUGCUAAGCAUCAUCUCUGCAGCAAAAGAUGGUGAUAUAGAGAAGGUGAAAGAAUAUCUUCAGUUACUUCUGCAUGCAGUUGAGGUCAUGGAGCCCAGCACUCCAAGUCUUCAUAUGGAGGUCACCAUGCCCAUUAGUAGACUGUGUGGACACAAUAAAGAUGUUGUCCAGAUGCUGAUGUCGUUUUUGCAGAAAUGUGUGUCCAAAGCACCAGAUGAUCCUGCCAUAAUCUCUGAGCUCAGUUACCUUCUCACUCUCCAACACAAGUACAAAGAGGCCCACAAAUGGUACAAUAAAGCUCUGAAUAUUGACUCAGACAGUGUGGCUGGUAUAACAGGUAUGAUCAGGUGUGAGCUAAUGGCAGGACGGGUGGAGAAGGCAGCAGAGCAGCUGGAGUUUUUCCAUGCAUCAAUAGGAGGCUCAGCAGAAAUCAUACUUUUACAAGCCAUUCUGGCCACAAAGAGAGGAGCCGCUCAGGACAGUGUGAUGGCUUUGCUGAAGGAGGCCACAGAGCUCCAUUUUCAGACUCUUCAAGGACUGUCUUAUGGAGUGGACUACCUACAGAGACUCAACCUCAGCUUCCUCCUCGAUGUCGUCAGCAUGCACCUUGCCAGAAGUCAGGAUAUGCCACAUGAUGUUGGUCAAUCCUGUCCAUUUGGACUGAAGCACGCCUGUAUGAUUCUAGAGGCAGUAAUUAAAGCCGCUCCCCGAGUGUUAUCCAGCUGCUAUUACAUGGCACAUGUCAAAUUCCUUACAGGAGAUCAAGCAGCUGCUCAACACUUUCUGAACCUCUGUAUGGAGAAAGAUCCCUCUAUGCCCGAGAUCCACCUACUGCAGGCCAAACUUCACCUUUUUGCAGGAGAGUAUAGCAAGUGUCUUAGCAGUUUAGAGUUGGGGGUCAGCUAUAACUUUGAAUUAAGACAGAAGCCACAGUAUAAUUUGAUCAAAGCCAGAGCUCUGAAGAAAGCAGGACAGCUGUCUGAGGCCAUCCAGUGUCUCCACAUGAUGUUUAACAUGCCAGGGGUCAAAAAGAUUGUUAAGGGACAGGAAAACCUGAUCCUGAACAGUGAGUGGGCUUCUCUGUACCUGGAGCUAGCAGAUGCCCUGCGACUAAACGGAGACCAGCAUGAGGCUACAAAAGUUAUACAGGAUGCAAUUUGUCGGUUUAAGGGCACCCCUGAAGAAGUUAGGGUAACACUGGCUAAUGUGGACUUGGCUUUAGCUAAGGAUAAUAUUGACACAGCUCUAAAUGCACUGGGAAAUAUAAUGCCGGGUGACUCCAUCUACAUACAAGCCAAGGAGAAGAUGGCCUGCAUUUAUCUUGAAAAACGGAGAGAGAAGAGUCUCUACAUAGCAUGUUACAGAGAAAUCUGUAAACAGCUACCGGGACCUCACUCUUAUGUGUUGCUUGGUGAUGCCUUUAUGAAGAUCCAAGAGCCAAAAAAAGCUAUUGAGGCCUAUCAAGAAGGUAUAAAAAUGGCACCCAAUGAUGCAACACUUGCCAAGAAAAUAGGCCAAGCCUUGGUGAGGACGCACCAGUAUGACCAGGCGGUUAAGUACUAUGAAAGUGCACUCCAAACAAGCAUAAAGGAUUCUGUGUGUUUAGAGCUGGCUGAGCUUCUGCUUAAACUUAAGCACUCUGAAAGAGCUGAGAAAAUUAUACUGAAGGCCUUGGAUCAUGAAGACAGCACUGAUCUGAAGACCAUGAUAAAUGAUGUCAAAUUUUCAAGAAUGCUUGUGAAAAUUCUGCAGGCCAGAAAUGAGCCAUGUCUGGAGAAGCUACAACAGAUCUCUGAUGUCCAGAAGAAGAUUAUGAGACGUUUGCCUUUUGAGCAGCCUGAGAGCACAGAUGAGCAGAGGAAAGUGGCAGCAGCUAUUUGUUGUGAGCAGGCUCAAGAGUAUCACCGGAAAUCUGAUCUCGAGAGAGUGAAGCAGUGCUUUUCAGAAGCCCAGAGCUACACUCCUGAUGACAUAGAGAUUCAUUUACAGGUGGUCCGGUUUCACUAUGAGCAACACCAGCUGGAUUAUUGUGAAGACCACUGUCUUAAGAUAUUGAAGCUCAGUAAAAAUCAUACUAGCACCACUAUGCUGUUAGCUGAUGUGCUGUUCCUGAGAAACCAAAUAGAGGAAGCCCUCGAACUGUACGCAGAUAUCCUAUCCGAACAUCCAGAUAAUUUCCAUGCACUGGUGAAAUUUCUGCACAUGCUACGCUGGGUAGGGAGACUAGAUGAAGUCCUGUCCUUCUUUGAGAAAUGUGAAGCCUACUCUCCAACUGCAGUUAGAGAAGCAGGUUACAACUAUGUCAAAGGCCUCUACUACUGGCAUGUGCAUCGUGUACGGGAUGCAAUGAUGCACCUGAACCAGGCCAGAAGAGAUGCAGAAUGGGGGGAAGAGGCACUUGAGCUGAUGGUGCAUAUCUGUCUAAACCCAGACAAGAAGAUAUUUGGCGGAGAGGUGUUUGAGAGCUCAGAGGAAGGCUCAAGUUCGAGUGCACCACUUGUCCUUGAUGAUGAAAAGUUAAUGGGAAUGAACAUAGCCCAGAAUCUGCUGAAAGAAUUCCGGCCGCACUCUGGACUCAGCCAGGACAAAGCCACAAUCCUUUACAAUAUCUGUUUGAUCUACAGCAAGGAGCCGAAACAAAUAGAGAAAGCUGUGCAUAUCCUGACCGACAUGAUUGAAAAGAAGGUGAUGUUGGGGACCUUAUUGCUAGUAGUAGCCCAGGCACUGCUGCUGCUCAAACAAGCUCCCAAAGCGAGAAACUUCUUAAAGAGGAUCAGCAAGAUGCAGUGGACCCCUGGCAUCGCUGAAGACUUUGAAAAAAGCUGCCUGCUCCUUGCUGACAUGUAUAUCAAAACAGGAAAAUAUGUGAAUGCUGAUAAGCUUCUGGAUGAUUGUAUUCGACACAAUAAGUCAUGCAGCAAGGCAUAUGAGUAUAAAGGCUUCAUAAUGGAGAAUGAUCAGAGGUAUAAGGAUGCUGCUGAGCAAUAUGAACUGGCCUGGAAAUACAGCUCCUGCAUAGAUCCUGCAGUCGGGUACAGACUCGCUUUCAAUUAUCUUAAGUACAAGAAUUACACACAAGCCAUUGAUGUCUGUCAUCAGGUCCUGCUGGAGCAUCCUAAUUAUCCUCAGAUCCAAACUGAAAUUCUACACCGGGCCCAGCUCUCUCUGAGACCAUAAGAACACAGACAUUGCAUCAACAUAAACACAUUUGCAAUAACAGGACAUGAUCUUAUUAAACAUUUUACAUUGAACUUCUUUAGGAGCAAAGUAGACAAGAUUAAUCGCUUUCGACUUGUACUCUUCCAUAUGGAUAUAAGCAAAUAUGUGACAGAUGUACAACCUGCAUUUUAUUUGCGUAUUUUGGAUGGCAAUUUAAAAAUGCAGAACUGCACAGUAACUUAUAAUCCUGCUUAUAUUUUCAAUGUGAUGUCAUUAAAAUGCUCCCCUGAGUGGAGCCUGGAAUGUGCAAAAAUAUAUAUUUCGUGUGAAUGUUUCAUUGUACCUCUAAAUGUUUCAAGUUUUCUUUUUUAUUUCUUAUUUCUUUUGCCACGCUGCUUUCUGCAUUACUGUUGGUACAAUGUGUGCUUAAAAUAAAUAAAUAAAUAGAACAAAUCUAGGCCCACCUGCUCCGUUUCACAGCCUUGAGUCUGCAUGUUUUUCCAGUAACAACAAUGAACACUCCAGAAAGAUACCACAUAUCUUUUACUUUACUUCUUUUUUUUUUUUUAUUCCAAUCUUAACACAGUGAAAUGUAAAUAACCCCUGCCUUCACCAGA